AUGACUAUUGAUGAGCGCAAGAAAGAUCGCGAAUUACGGGAGAGAGCACGUGAACUUAACAGGAAAGAAGGUGAGCGAGUCUAUGUUUCGCGUAAACUUGACUUUCAUUUGAAGCGUUUUCUGGCACACAAAGUAAGGAAUAUGGCUCAAAGUAACCAUAUGAAGAAGCUCUACGAGUUUAUUAAAAAAGUUAAAUCGACUUCGCACGUGUCUCAUAUCCUGGUAGACUCCGAUGGGCGCAAGUAUUCAACUGAUGCUUCCAAAGCGGAAGCUAUCGCGGACUACUUUGCCAGUGUUUUUGGAAAGGCAAGCAGUGGUAUACAAUCAUUGCCAUCAGUCUCUAACGAAUGCUUUGAAAUGCCAAUUGUUUCUCCCCAGACCUAUAAGUAUCUUACCGACCCCGCUGAAAAUAAUGGAGAAGAUAGUGAAAGAAAAGCUUUCGCAUUGGUUUCGAAACUUCAGCUGAUCCCCACUGAACAGCACGGCUUCCUUCCCGGUGCGUCCACACGUGUACGCAACUCAUAG